ACUUCUUUUAACGUACACGCUAGGUCUAUAGGGAUCGAAUGAAUUUGGAAUAUCAAAUUGAAGUAAAUGAUAAUAAACCCUUUUUAAAUAAAAAUAACUUCGUGCCAAGGCAGACGAGGCCACACCAUCUAUCCUUCAUGCUAGAGCUGGCAGGUUUUCACGAGCUGAAUAGUUGUAUUUGGACCACACACACAGAGGAAAGGUGGUUGUGUUUGUGGGCUCAACUUAUUUUUCUUAGAGAAAUGGACACCUAAUCAGCCAAAAUUAGGCACCACUAGCACUAGCAGCAACUGUUUAACAACCUAACUACUAUUCUAACCUACCUAAUUAACAAACAUAAUAGUAAUAGACUAUCAGUACAUAAAACUUUAAAACUCUGUGUCAUAUUCAAAAUCAUUCUAUCUUCUUUAUUAAGCCACUUGGUCUCUCUUAAUAUAAUCUCCAUUUUAUCUCUUUCAACUUUUGCUAUUUGCUCAUGUGAUCUUUUAUUAUAUACUUCCCAGAUAAAAGAAGAAGAGAUCCAUGGAGAAGUUUGUUGUAUUUCCAUUUUCUUUAGGGUGUGUUUCUGAAUCAAGUGUUCCAGUGGUCAAUACCAACAAAAGCCACAACACAGACAAUAUUUCUCAAUUAAAUGAUCACCUUCCAACAAAGAGACAAGUAGUUGGAGAAAAGAGUCCAUCAAAAGUGAAAAUAAAUGGAUUUUUGGUGAGACGACGAAUUACUCAAGGAGUGGACACAUUCAAAAGGAAUUUCAAAGGCUUCUAUCAAUUAUUUGUGUACAAAGAAGAAAUUGAAGAGAUGGAAAUAGGAUAUCCAACAGAUGUGAAGCAUGUAACACAUAUUGGAUGGGAUGGACCUACAAAAAUUAAUCCUAUGAUUAAAAACUGGGACAAUUCAAAGGAAUCUGAUUUACCUUCUAUUUCUAUUCAACAAUUUGAACUUGCUUUGGCUGGUGGAUCCUCUAGGUUUUAGUAGUUGCAACUAAUUUUCAUUCCCUUUCUUUUUGAUAAGUAACAUGUCGAAAUUUUUUAUAUUGAACCAUAAAAUGUUCUCUAACAUUUAAAGCUCUUCAUUGUUAUUUUUGUUGUUGUUUUCUAUGGAAUUUAAAUGUAUAUAAUGUCAAAUUAGUAGGGAAGUUGUCACUUU